AUGAAUAAUUCUAUUUCAAUAGGUGAUAAGGCAAGAGAAAUUUUUUCACAAGCUGGAUUACCUCAAAGUGAUUUAAUGCAAAUAUGGAAUUUGUCUGAUCCUAAUAACAAUGGGAAGUUAAAUCAGGAUGAAUUUGCUGUUGCCAUGCAUUUAAUUUAUAGAAAAUUAAACGGUUAUGACAUACCUUCUACACUUCCGCCUGAACUUAUUCCUCCUUCUACAAGAGAAUUAUCAGAGAGUGUGAAUAUGAUCAAAAAUAUGCUCAAAUCUGAUGCUUAUAAUUCAAGCAUUGGAUUAGGUACGCAUACAUCAGGUGCCAAUUAUGCGAAAUCAAGAAGCUUUACUUCGACACCUACAAUUGGUGUAAAUGAUGCAGUGGUAUAUAAGCAUAAGGAUGAAGAUGUUGGAUAUGUCUCCUCUUCGAGGCAUCGAAUUCCUACCGUGUCUCGUAGUCAAUCAUCUACAUCAUAUUCUUUAUCAAGAUCAUCAUCCACGUCUGAACUUAAUGGUGAAGAUAAAUAUAAAUCUUCAAAAAUAUCAGAAUUAAAAAAACAAAUUCACGAAAAACAGAUUUUGUUGGAAGCUUUAUCAUAUGAAGCGGUACCAACCUCUUAUGGUAGUUCUUAUUCCAGAGAUUAUACUGAUGUUAAUGAAUGGAAGGAUAAAAUUAAAGAUAUUCAAAAUCAAAUCAUUGAAAAGGAACGUUCAAAUCCAGAAUGGCUUAAUAGAGAAUUCACUCGAAAUUCUGAAGAAUUAAAUUCUUUACUUGAGCAACAUAAAAAUUUAGAUUAUGAAUUGAACAAUAUGCUUGUUGCAACUGUUCCUGACUUGAUUAGUAGGGUUCGUGAAACGGAUAAUAAAAUUGCUGAUGCUAAAUUAGAACUUUUUAAAUUAAGAGAAGGCAACGGUGGAGAAUCCAAUUUAAAUAUUAUUGGUACUGGGCCAGGUGGGACAAUUACAGAAUCUGAUAGGAUUAAAGCGAAAGCACAAGCUAUGCUUCAAGCUCGGAUGGCCGCAAUUACCGGCAAACCUGCCAAUUUAGGUGGUGGCAGUGGUUCAGACCCUAGAAGGCUUGAAGAAGAGACUAACAAGAUUAAUUCUGAAAAAGCUGAGCGUGAAUAUAAAAUUGCCGAAAUUGAAAGAAAUAUUUCAAAAUUACAAGAUUCGGUGAUAAUAAUUUCAAGAGAUAGAGAAGAAAUUGAAGAUCAAUAUCGUAAACUUGAACGUAACAAAAGAGAUCGGGAAGUUGAAGUACGAAAAUGGGAGGAUGGCAUCGGUGUGGAGGAUGAGGUUAGAAAGUUCAUUCAAGAUCUUAAAAGGGAUAGUUUUGGCUCUUCAACUACAUCUCGUUAUGAUUCUUAUUCUUCAUCUCGUUACGAUCAUGAUGAUACUUAUUCUUCGUCUCGUAGUACCUCAUAUAAUAAACCAUCUUCUACUCUAUCAACAUCUAGUUCAGUAUAUACCUCUGUAAUUAGUGCUACUCCUAGUUCAAUGUCUAAGUCUAAAUCGCCCGAAGAACGUGCCGCUUUUAUUAAAGCAGAAAGUGAGCGUAGAGUAGCAGAAAAGUUAAAAGCUCUGGGUAUUAAAUCUACAAGUUAUUCGAAAUCAGCUCCAUCAUCGGCUCCUGAUUCACCUACUUUAUCGGAUCGUUUAGCGCGUGAAAAGGCUGAUGCGGCCGAAAGAAAAGCUCGUGCAGAACGUGAGAUAGAGGAACGGGAACAUGCGAAGGAACUCGAAAAGGCUAAAGGAAGGAAAGCUCGUGAAAAAGAAGAGGCUGCACGUGCUAGAGAAUUAGAAUUAGAACGUAAAAGGAUCGAAGCGGCUGAAAGAGAGAAGAAGCUUGAAGAGGAAAGGUUAGCACGUAUUAAGAGAGAAGCUGAAGAACGUGCCGCAGAGGACGAACGUAUAAGGAAAGAACAAGAAGCGUUAAUAGAAAAUUCUAAAGCAGCCAGAGAAAAGGCAAGGAAAAUGGAGGAAGAAGCUAAACAGCGUGAAGAUGCUACUAAACUUGAAAGUGAAAGAUUAAGACAAAAGAGAGAAGAUUCUAUGUGGUCGGUUAAAUCUUCUGAUAAUGAUUCACAUACAUCAUCGGUUGCAGAAUCUGUGAACAAUAAUCCAUUUUUGAAAUUCAGUUCUCAAGAACAAAAAAGCAGCAAUACCAAUGAUAAUAAUACUAUAGAGAAUACUAAUCCGUUUUUUAAGUUCACUUCUGGUUCAACUGCACAAUCCGAUGUACAAUUCAAUCAAUCACAAACAUCUUUGCCUCCACCCUCUGGUGCACGAAACGCUUUGUUAAGCCAAAUCCAACAGGGAACGAGGUUGAAGCCCACGAAGACUAACGAUCGAUCUGCGCCUAUAAGUUCGGGUAGAACUAGCUCUCCUGCACAAAGCUCUUCUGGUGGCGUAUCUCAACCGUCUGAUGAUAGGGCUGGCAUGGCUGGCAUUGCUGCCUUAUUAGCAUCUGGAAUACCUAAUCUAAAGAGUCGUGGAGGAGUUGAAACUGGGCGUUCAGCCACAGAAGGAUCUGCAUCGAAAUCUUCCCCUCCUUCUCGCCAAAAAACUAUGGGAAGAAUCGAUCGAAGAGUGUCGGCAGAUUGGUUUGGUAAUUUAUCAUCAGAUCAACUUGCUGGUGAAGUGACCCCAAAACCACAAACAUCCGGUAGCGAAGAAGAUAUCUUUGCAAUAGUUACAUCACCGACUUCAGCAUCAGGAGAUAAUGAUAUCGAUCGCUCACAAGAAUUUCGGGUCAAAUCUCUUCAUCCUUAUCUUGGUACCGGUGCUCCAGAUGAACUUAAAUUUGAUGCCGGAAUUGUUUUUGUUGCUAAUCCAUCUAAAGAUCCAGGUAACUCAGAAUGGUGGCAUGGUUAUAUCGAACAGACUGGGUUAAAGGGAUGGUUUCCCAAAAAUCAUGUUGAGAUCUAUAAAGAAGGCAAUUAUUUUUACUAUUUCAAUUUUUCAUGCAUAUUAUUCAUUACCGAAUCAUUUUCUAACGAUGAUUUAAAUGUUUUUAAUCAACUUAUAGAAAAAGAAAUUUGUAAAGCUAAAGUAUUGUUUGAUUACAAAGCUCAAUCCAUUGAACAACUUGAUAUUCAGUCUGGUAACAUUAUUUCCAUUCUCGACAAGUCUUUUGGUGACUGGUGGAAAGCAGAGUUUGAAGGCUCUAAGGGAAUUAUUCCUGCGAAUUAUGUCGAAGAAAUUACUAGUAGUAGCGUUCUUGACAAAACGAUUACAGUUGAAUCAAAUGAAUCAAAUGAAGAUUAUUCCAUUGAAGAAGAUGAUAGUUCAAAACAGGAUAAAGCGGAUACCAUUUCUAAAAAUCAUGAUAUUAAUUCAAAAACGAAUAUUAUCCAUAAUUCUAUACAAGAAGACUCAUCAACUAACACUGUUACAAAGGUUUUGCCUAUCGACAUUCCGAGAGUCAAUAUUCAAAGUGUAAAUUCACCAACUACGAGUUCAUUUGCUAAAAAAUCGAUGCUUAAACUUAAUGUUAGUAAUUUAACUAGAAAACCAAGUCUUGAAAUUAAUAGGAGUCCAAGUCCUACGAAAUUAUUUGGGACGAGUCCAAUUACAUUUAUUCCUUGGAUGCAAUUAGGCGAAGCUAAUAAAAAUCAUAAUGCUUCAUAUUUAACAGUUUCCUCACCUAAUUCACUGAGAUCAGAAAGUUCCAUGUCAUCCGUACAACGACCUUCUUCUAUAACAUGGUCAAGUAUUAUGGAUUCUGAAAAGCUUGAAGGUAUAUCAAAAGAAGAACGUAAAAGACAAGAAGCAAUUUAUGAAUUGAUAACAACAGAGCAAAGUUACCUUCGAGAUCUUCAGAUGAUAGUUGAUAUAUUUUAUGGACCUUUACAAGUUAUGUUAUCUUCAGAAGAAUUAAAUACUAUAUUUUCAAAUAUUGAGGAGAUAUUACUUUGCAAUACGGAAAUACUAAGCGACUUGGAGCAAAGACAAAAAGAUGAUGAAUUUUUUGUUGAUAACGUUGGGGAUAUACUCUUAAAACAUUCCGAAGGGUUAAAAUGUUAUAAAACAUAUUGUGGUAAUCAAUUAAAUGCAAGUAAAUUUUUACAAAAGAAACGGAGUGAAGAUAAAAGAUUUGAAGAAUUUCUCAAGAAAGCUCAGCAAAAUCCUCAAUGCGGGUCAUUGGAUUUAUCAAGCUUUUUGUUGAAGCCUAUGCAAAGGAUAACAAGAUAUCCCUUAUUGAUACGCCAGAUAUUACAUUACACUAGCAAAAAUUAUUUAGAUCACGAAGAUAUGAUGCAAGCUUUACAUCAAGCCGAGGAAAUUUUAGAGGAUACUAAUGAAGCAGCGCGUGAACAAGAAAAUCAGCUUAAACUAGCGGAAAUUUCAAAAUUAGUGGAUCUUGAAGACCUAGAUGAGAAAUUGGAUUUGAUGAGUACAACUCGAUUAGUUGGAAAAAGGCAAUUUAUUCUUGAGGGACCUCUUAGAAAGGCGAAAAGUGGUAGACAUUUAUAUGGAUUUUUGUUCAAUGACUUGUUGAUACUUGCACAACAUAAUAAAAAAGCCGUUGCACGAGGACAUCAAUAUGCAUUAUACAAACCACCAAUACCAUUGAACGAAAUAUUUGUAAAAGAUGGUCACGAUGAAACCUUUCAGGUUGUUCAUAUUGAGGAUAUUAUCAACCUUAAAGCAAACAAUGUCUCCGUAAAGCGACAAUGGGUUAAUCAACUUGAAACAGCAAGUGAUUAUUGUUUAACCAUCGAAAGGCAAAAUCAAAAGAAGGAAAGUGAUUUAACUCAAUUCGAUGCGAUAAGUGGUACUUUGAGAGUACUGGUAUAUGAGGGUACUUUACCGGUUGAAUCACAUGUAGUUGGUAAAGAUAAAAAUGUUGUGAAUACAUAUUGUCAAGUACAAUUAAAUAGGCAAGUUUUUAAAACAAAAGUCGUAAAAGAUGAUAUAUUUCCUCGUUGGAAUCAG